AUGUGUUGUACCAACACCCUGCGAAUCUCUUCUUCUCUCCACAAAGCCGCGCUUGCUGUGUCUAAGAUCACAGAACGCAACAGCCGGAUCCAACAAUGCCAACUCGAUCAGGCGCUGGAUAUCAGACAGGUCGCCGAUUCUUUCGAUCAAACCGUUGACGAGUUUGAGGUGUUGACCAUGCACCUUGGCUGUGCAACCGCCACCGAGUCGUACUUCUAUCAAGCCCAGCAGCAUGUUCACUCAGUCCGCCUUAUGCAAAACGAUCUCAGAAACACUCUCGCAUCCAUCACCGACGCCGACAUCAAAUUUGGUCAAGAAAUGCGGUCUAGUUAUGCCCAAUUUCUGAGUCAUAUCUCUUGCUACGCUGGCGAUGACACUCAAGCUCUCGCAUCACUCAGCACUAUUACCGGAAACUUUGACGAAUUCAACUUGCAACAACAUCAGAGACUUGCAACCAUGCACGAUCAGCUCGAUAGCUACAUCCUCGUCUUGAGCAAGAUAGCGGCCUUGAAACAUGGGUUGGAGGAACAGGGGCUGAUCUGA